AUGACGUCAUUGGACUAUGCGAAAACGUGUGGCCAAUGCUUUGUACCGUGUCCACCACAGAUAGUAUCAAUAGGAUUCCUAGCUCCUUGGACAAACACUGAAAUAGUGAACGAUUUUAGUGGCGCAACUAGUGCAGGGGCUAUAAACAUCGCCAUUGAUAGAAUUAAUGAGAUGGAUCUAGUCGAAGAUCUCGAAUUCGAAAUUGUAACUCGUGAUUCGUCAUGUGACAGCAAACAGGCUGCCGGUUACACAGUCGAUAUGCACCUCAAAGAACACGUUGACGUCAUCAUUGGACCACCAUGUUCGACAGCCUGUAUGAUAUCUGGACAAUUGGCAGCAUUUUGGAACAUUCCAAUUAUAUCAUGGGUAGCUACAUCACCAGACUUCAAUGAUAAAAACAUCUACAGCACCCUCGGACGUUCACUUGGACCAUUCACUAAACUUGGGGUGUUUCUGAUGGAAAUAAUGGCUAGUUAUAAUUGGAAUCGUGCUGUCAUUGUAUAUUCUACAUUUUUGUUGUACGGGGAUGCUGGUAAAGCAAUUGAGAAGACAUUCAAUGACAACAAUGUGACUCUACCGUACGUGGCAGUAUACAACAAUAAUCCUACACGGAAGAAAAUUCAGUCAAUACUCAACAAAAUAAAGAAAGAAGGGAGAAUUGUUGUUGUCUGCGUACCACAAGAGGAUCGCCGAAUGCUGUUACUGGAAGCCUAUGAUAUGGGUAUGACAAAAGGUGACUAUGUCUUUUACACUGUUGAGAUGCUACCAGGUGAUGACGUCAUCACGGCACAAGAAACCUACCUUGGAUUUGAUGGGAGAACUGAUGACGCAAGGGAAGCAUUUGAAGCAGUAUUUCACAUGUCACUGGCAGCGCUGACAGGAGCAGAGGUGGACAUGUUUACCAAGGAAGUCGCAAUCCGUGCACAGGAUCCUCCAUGGGAGCUUACAUUACCGGCAGAUGUACAGGGAAAUAAAUACUCUGCAUUUUUAUACGAUGCUAUGAUAUUGUAUGCUCUAGCUCUGAAUGACACAUUAUCAACAGGUGGUAAAUAUAACGAUGGUCAACUACUGUUACAAGCAAUGUCUUACAAGACAUUCAGAGAUUACAUAUAUAAACGAAUUAAUGUUAGAGAUGAUCCAACGCACCUUGAAACACUGUCUAGUUUGCACGAUAUCUACUCGGUAUAUGCACACUCCCCGAAACAAGAGAUCCUAGGGAACUACAUCAUGACACCUUUAGCUGAACGAAGUAAAUACGAAGCAGAUUUAUUGAACAUGAGAUGGAAAAUGCAUUUGGAAGAUCUGCACUUCACUGGAGGCGGAUCACAGAAAAUGGCGUCAGGGAGUAUGGGUGGUGGGAGCAGUGGCAGUCACACUAGUUUGAAGAGUGGCGGCGAUUCGCUUUCAAAGCAUUCCUCUAACUGUUCUCAUAGUUUAGAUGGAAAGAGUUCAGCACCAUCUAAUCGCACACUCCAAUACUUUGCCAAGACAGCUACUUAUAAGGGUGUGGUAGUUGCUUUGAAGAAAAUCAACAAAGAGCAUAUGCAAAUCAACCGCGAUAUUCUCGUUGAAUUUAAUGAUAUACGGCAACUUAGUCAUGAAAACCUGAACCAAUUUAUUGGUGCAUGCCUAGAAACCAGUACUAUCUUUCUAGGAUGGCAGUACUGUUCACGGGGCAGUCUUGUGGAUGUUCUGCAAAACGAUGAAAUACGCCUAGACGACGCAUUCAAAUUGUCGUUCAUGACUGACAUUGCUAAGAUAUUCACAUCCUCCUCCGGACAGGGAAUGGAGUACCUACACAAGAGUAGACACGGUGGUAGUUCUCAUGGCAAUCUAAAAUCGUCAAAUUGUUUGGUAGAUAAUCGCUGGGUUGUCAAGAUUACUGACUAUGGUUUGCAGAGCUUCUACUCUGGACAGAUCGAGGGCGAGAAUGCAGAUGAUAAUGACAAGUUUUUAAGUAAACUCUGGACAGCUCCGGAAAUCCUACGUAUGAAUUUUCCUCCAGCGUGUGGGACACAAAAGGGAGACGUCUACAGUUUUGCUGUGAUAAUAUUUGAGAUUUUGGAACGAACUGGACCUUAUUGUUUCGACAAUAUUACACCUCGAGAUGUUGUGAGUCGUAUUCGUAAUGGUGAAAGCAUUCCUUAUCGACCAACGCUAAUGCUAUUUAAUCCGGAUAGUUGUGAAUAUGGAAGUGAAGUAAUUAGUUUGAUGAAGAAAUGUUGGUGUGAAAAUGUAGAUACUAGGCCAUCGUUUUCCCGUAUUAGACUAGAUAUAAGAGAAAUGAGCAGCGGAAAAGAAAUCAGUAUAAUGGAUAAUAUACUAAAUAUGAUGGAGAAAUAUGCCAACAACCUUGAAGAAGUCGUUGAACAAAGAACUGGUCAAGUUUUGGAGGAAAAACUGAAAACAGACCAGCUACUUUAUAGGAUGUUACCAGUAUCGGUGGCAGAAGCUUUGAAACUUGGUAAAACUGUUCCUCCCGAAGACUAUGAAUCGUGUACAAUAUACUUUUCAGACAUUGUCGGAUUUCCGGAAUUGACUGCAGAAAGUUCUCCAAUACAAAUUGUCAAAUUUCUGAAUGAUUUGUAUGGUUGUUUUGAUGAGAUCAUAGGAAACCAUGACGUGUAUAAGGUUGAGACCAUUGGUGAUGCUUAUAUGAUCGUAUCAGGCCUUCCACAACGAAAUGGUAACCGCCAUUUAGCAGAAAUAGCUAAUUGCGCUCUGGAUCUUCUGAGUUCCACUACCUCUUUUCAAAUACGUCAUCGCCCAAGCCAGAAACUGCAGUUGCGCAUUGGCUUACAUACGGGUCCUGUAGUGGCUGGUGUCGUGGGAUUGGUUAUGCCUCGAUAUUGCUUGUUCGGAGACACGGUGAAUAUGACGUCACGAAUGGAAUCAACAGGAAAAUCAUGUCAUAUCCAUGUCAGUAAACAAUUAUAUACAUCAUUGAAAGACCUUAAUGAAGGAUACUACAUGGUACCACGUGGAGACGUUGAAGUUAAGGGAAAAGGAGUAAUGACAACAUAUUUCUUAUACGGCAAAGAUGGUUAUAAAAAGGCUCUUCCUAAACUGUCAAAUCGUUACAAUGAAAAGUCAGAUACCCAGUACCGUGAAUACUUCGAGUCUGUUCCAUUCGACAGUGACCACCUGAUUUUCGAUCUUCCAGAGACGACAUAUUUGAUGUAUUUUCAUCGCAGAAAUAUGAUGUAA